AUGACUCUUUUUUCCCUCUCGUGCCUCCUUGCGGCAAUACUCUUUUGUCACUCAUUGGUUCAUGCCGCUAACAACGGUUAUUACGGGUAUAACCCGUCAGUCGCCAGCUACCUUCCAGAGAAACCUCAAAACGUUAUGAAUCCGGUGGACACAUGUUGGCGGAUAAACCCUGACUGGGCCGCCAACCGUAAAGACCUAGCGGAUUGCGCGGUUGGGUUUGGUUCGUCUACCUUUGGCGGCAAGAAAGGUAGUAUAUAUGUCGUCACAAACCCUAGCGACAAUGCACAGAGUCCUCAACGGGGUUCUUUGCGGUACGGUGUGAUCCAAGACAAGCCGUUAUGGAUCACAUUCGCCAAGGAUAUGGUUAUAACCCUCGAGAACGAGCUUAUGGUCAAUAGCCAUAAGACCAUAGAUGGGAGAGGGGCAAAAGUGGAAAUUGCGUACGGACCUUGCAUUACAAUACAAGACGUGACGAACGUAAUCGUGCAUGGGAUCAGCAUCCACGACUGCAAACCCGGGAAGUACGGUAUGGUCAGGAGCAGCACGACGCAUGUCGGUCACCGUAAAGGAUCGGAUGGUGAUGGGAUCGCGAUUUUCGGUUCCUCAAAUAUUUGGAUCGAUCAUUGUUUCCUAGCGAGUUGUACGGACGGACUGAUCGAUGUGAUACAUGCUUCCACAGGAAUCACCAUUUCCAACAACUAUUUCACUCAACAUGUUAAAGUGAUGUUGCUAGGGCACAACGAUGAUUUCGUGAAAGAUGUGAACAUGAAAGUGACCGUGGCAUUCAAUCAUUUUGGACCAGGGCUUGUGGAGCGAAUGCCAAGGGUAAGACGAGGGUAUGCUCAUGUUGCAAACAAUAGAUAUGAUAAAUGGAUAAUGUAUGCAAUUGGUGGUAGUGCCGAUCCAACCAUUUUCAGUGAAGGCAACUACUUCAUUGCUUCUGAUAAAUCUAACAGCAAAGAGGUGACCAAAAGAGAAGUGAAAGCAGGGUGGAACAAUUGGAGAUGGAGAACUUCAAAAGACGUUUUCAAGAACGGAGCUUACUUUGUACCUUCCGGCUACGGCAGCAUUGAGCUGCCGUAUACUUCUGCUCAGCGAUUCCCAGUCGCUCCGGGAAACAUGGUUCCUUCUCUAACCGCAGACGCUGGUCCUCUUAACUGCGAUUGCAAUCGCCCUUGUUAUUAG